GGUGGGUGGCCCUUUCUACCUCAUAGCAGAGUGACAGUGAAAGAAGGACCCAAACCUUUAAUCUCGUUUUGCAGUGGAUUUAGCGGAAAGCAGCUGCAGCAGCCUGGAAAUCACCAUGGAAAAAAUCCUGAAAACAGAAUUGAAAACUUCUGUUCUGAAGGCGUUUGGAGGCUCCGGAGGAGGAUACAUUAGCCAAGGCCAAGGUUAUGAAACAGACAGUGGACGAGUAUUUGUUAAAAUCAACCACAAACCUCAGGCUAGGAAAAUGUUUGAAGGGGAAAUGGCAAGUUUGGAAGCUAUCCAGAAAACCAAUAUUGUGAGAGUGCCUCAGCCGAUUAAAGUAAUUGACCUACCUGGAGGAGGAGCAAUGUUUGUCAUGGAGUACCUAAAGAUGAAACACCUCAACAAAUAUUCUUCAAAGCUUGGAGAGCAGAUAGCAGAUCUUCAUCUUUAUAACCAGAAACUUGGAGAGAAAUUGAGAAAGGAGGGAAACACAAUUGGUAAAGGAGCAGGUCACUCUGAGUCUCAGUAUGUGGAUAAGUUUGGAUUCCACACAGCCACUUGCUGUGGUUACAUACCACAGGUGAAUGAAUGGCAGAGUGAUUGGCCUUCCUUCUUUGUUCGUCACCGACUCCAAGCUCAAUUGGAUUUGAUUGAAAAAGAUUAUGGAGACAGAGAAGCCAGAGAACUUUGGUCGCAGCUGAAACUAAAGAUUCCUGAAAUGUUCUGUGAUGUAGAAAUUGUUCCUGCUCUCCUGCAUGGGGACCUGUGGGCAGGAAAUGUGGCUGAGGACGACUCCGGGCCAAUUAUCUUUGACCCUGCUUCCUUCUAUGGCCAUUCAGAAUUUGAGCUGGCCAUUGCUGGAAUGUUUGGUGGGUUUAGCAGCUGUUUUUUCUCUGCCUAUCACAGUAAAAUACCCAAAGCUCCAGGAUUUGAGAAACGAAACAAAUUGUAUCAGCUCUUUAAUUACAUAAACCACUGGAACCAUUUUGGGACGGGGUACAGGGGAUCUACCCUAAAUGUAAUGAGAAAACUUCUAAAGUAACCAGGUAGGUUUGAGAAAUUCUGACACAGUCCCUUAGUAACGAACAGCCCCUGCUUAUCAGAAGUAACACAAACUAGGAAUUAAUGUUGAUGAUAGAAUACCUGACACGUAAAAGGCUGAGUACGCUUUUGAGCCUCGCUAUAAAUGUUAAGGGUGAUUGUGUAAUUUUUAACUUAGGCACUAGUUUACUAGCACAGAUUCAUACCUGCUGAAGGAAAA